AGAUCCUGAAACAGUGAGCAAAGGAUUGGAGGCUUCACUGGUUAUGUUCUCCAAAUAAUGUUUGCUUCGAUGAAAUUCCCAUUCAAUCCCAGACACAAAGACUCCGUACAUUUGAACUUUAGUGGACCAUGAAAUAUGGGUGUAUAUUUGAAGGGUUUCGAGCUGGGUCCCGAGAGGCCUCAAACAAAGAGCAAAGGGCAGAAUACAGCCCAGGGAGUACAAUUGGUGUCUUCUAUUGAUUUUGAAUUGUGAUCUCGUCUUUUUGGCAGUGUUAAUGGGCUGAUCCCAUUGUAUUUUACAGAGGUUUUGUAGGCCUUAAUGAGGAAGAAACAGGUGUACCAUCAUGGGCCAUUUUAGUGAAGUCCAGACUCGGUCACCAAUCUAACUCUCUCGUUAACUUCCUCAUCGUAAGUCCCUUUGACUCGCACUCCAACACUUGUUCCUCUCAAUCAGCAUCUUCAACAAGCUAACCGGGUGCUUAUUGAACUUCCCUUGGGCAGAGCAUCAGAGUGGCUUGUGGCCAUCUUUUAUUGCUGCGAACGCAGACAGCUGUUGCCUGGUGGAUAACGAAUUAACGAUUGCCCGGUGGAUUCAGCAAAAGUUAACUAGUAGUUUUAGCUUGAAUCCAUACUCUGAAACAUGAAAGACUAAUGACGAUACCUAAUUCUUUUUCUAUGAGCAUGAAAAACGCCAGGGCUUCGCUUUCUCGCAACAGUUUUAGCAUAACGUUUCGUUAGUACAUCCUUUCUAGCCAACCUAUAACAGAUCAGCCUAGUUCUGAAAGAUGUCAUGAACCAACUGAAACAAUCCCUUGCUUACACUCUUAAAAAUGGCCUGGACCAAAACCAAACUCAGCUUCUCAUCAUCCAACUUCUCCAAACCUCAAAUAUCCCUUACGCCCAAAAGCUCUUCAACCUCAUUCCAAAGAAAACUGUCUUUCUCUACAACAAAUUCAUCCAAGCCUACUCCUUAAUCAACCAAUCCCGCCAAUGCCUCACUCUCUACUCUCAAAUGUGCCUCAACAACUGUUCCCCCAACGAGCAUUCUUUCAUCUUCCUUUUCCCUGCGUGUGCUACACUUCCUUCCCUUCUUCACGGUCAAAUCCUUCAUACCCAUAUCCUCAAAUCUGGGUUUGGUAUUGAUUGCUAUGCCUUAACCGCUUUGUUGAACAUGUAUGCAAAACUUCGUAUGUUGCCGUUGGCUCGGCAAGUGUUCGAUGAAAUGCAUGUUAGAAACGUGCCCACUUGGAACGCAUUAAUUGCUGGGUAUUCGAGGUGUGGGGAUAUGAAGGAAGCCACAGAAUUAUUUAAAUCGAUGCCUGAGAAGAAUGUGGUUUCGUGGACCUCCAUGAUAUCUGGGUACUCGCAGAGUGGGCAAUUUUCGAGAGCCUUAGAUAUGUUUCUAAGGAUGGAGAAAGAGCGAGGAGUUAACCCGAAUCGAGUAACUAUUGCUAGCGUACUACCAGCUUGUGCAAAUCUUGGAGCAUUGGAGGUUGGAGAAAGGAUUGAAGCAUAUGCAAGAGAGAAUGGAUUGUUUGAGGAUUUGUACGUUAGCAAUACUGUCCUGGAAAUGUAUGCGAGGUGUGGUAAAAUUGAGGUGGCGAAGCGGGUGUUUGAUGAGAUCGGCCAGAGGAAAAAUUUGUGCUCUUGGAACUCAAUGAUCAUGGGUUUUGCUCUUCAUGGAAAAUGUACUGAGGCUCUCGAGUAUUAUGAUCAAAUGCUGUAUGAAGGAACUGCACCUGAUGAUGUUACAUUUGUGGGAGUUCUCUUAGCAUGCACGCAUGGAGGAUUGUUGGCCAUAGGACGAGAAUUUUUCGAAUCGAUGGCUGAAAAGUAUCAUAUUAAUCCCAAACUGGAACAUUACGGAUGCAUGGUUGACCUCCUAGGUCGGGCUGGAGCAUUGCAGGAAGCUUAUGAUCUUAUAAAAAGCAUGCCUAUGAAACCCGAUGCGGUGGUUUGGGGAGCUCUUUUAGGAGCUUGCAGCUUCCAUAACAAUGUCGAACUUGCAGAAAAAGCAGCUCAACCUCUCUUUCAGCUUGAACCAUGGAACGCGGGAAACUUUGUCAUUCUUUCUAAUAUAUAUGCAUCUGCGGGCUGGUGGGAUAGGGUUGCGAAGCUAAGGAAGUUGAUGAAGGGUGGCCAAAUUACAAAGACAGCAGGAUUUAGUUUCAUUGAAGAGGGAGGUGAAAUGCAUAAGUUUCUUGUGGAAGAUAAAUCACAUCCUAGAUGUGAAAAAAUAUACGAAAUUUUAGAUCAGGUCUCAACAGUGAUGAAGAUACAAGACAAAUUCAUUGACUCUGAAUCCGAACUUAACGAAUCAUUGAUAAUGGAGUAGAUCUGAAAUAUUAUUUCCAGUAGACUAUCAAGUACCAAUUAUUCAUUAGCUUUCUUACAAAAUGAAGGACAUGCCAAUCAUGAAUUUGGAUUUUAAUUAAUUGAUUCAU